UUCCACCCAUUCGCACAAGCAAGUGGCGUUGGCAGCAUAAAACGCAGGAGCAUAAAGGACGAACACAAAAGGAUGUGCGAGGCGAGAACGGUGCCAAGUGCAAAACAGAAGGAUAAUUUUUGACGUUUCCGCAAGAGAAAAGUGUGUGUUGUGCAAGUUUUAAAAUUUGCAAAAAUGGAAAUCGAAGUCGACUCGCAAAAGCUGGACCUGGCGAAGAAAUGUCUCAAGAAGAUUCCAAAGUCGGACGAUGCUCAGCAGUUCAAAGUGUUGAUUUUGGACGACAACGAGCUGCAGAAAAUCGACAAUAUCGAUUCGUAUCUUAAGAUUGAAAAGUUGUCCCUCUGCAAGAACCAGCUGCUGCGGAUGUACGGCGUGUGCAGGUUGCACUGUCUGCGCGAGCUGAACCUGUCCUACAACGGAAUAUUGACCAUCGAAGGGUUGAAGGAUUUGGUCCAUUUGACCCAUCUGAAUCUGGAAGGAAAUAACAUCAAAACCAUCGAGCAUCUCAACACGAACGGGAAUUUGGAGUAUUUGAACCUUUCGGAGAACAGUAUCGGAAUCAUUUCCGACAUUUCGUUUUUGAAAAAUUUGAAGGAACUCUACAUGAACGGAAAUCGCAUCGCUCAUCUGAGGCAGUGCGACAAGUACUUGCCACUGUCGCUGGAGACGCUCACGCUGGCCAAGAACAACAUUUCCGACUUGAACGAAAUCUGCACGCUGAGCCAUUUGAACAAUCUCAACAGCAUCACGAUUUCGGACAAUCCGUGCGUGCUGAUGACGGGCAAUUCGAUUGGCUUCGACUACCGUCCGUUCGUGCUGAACUGGUGCAUGAGCGUGAAGGCCAUCGACGGGUUCGUCGUGACGGCGAUCGAAAGCUUGAAGGCCGAGUGGCUUUAUAGUCAGGGUCGCGGGCGCCAGUUCCGGGUCGGAGAGCAGACCGCGUUGGCGCGGUAUCUGAGCACGGUGUGUCCGCUGUCGGGCGAAGCGUUGGAAAACGAGAACGAGCGCAAGUUGAGGCUGAUCUUGAGCAAAGCCCAACAGCACCAGCGCCAGUUGCAGGAGCAGAACUCGGGUGGAGGCGGCGGCGGUGGCGGUGGCGACGGAUCGGCCACCCCGGUGAACAACUCGCCGUCGUCGCUGCGGCGGAAAGGGCAAACGAGUCGGAUACAGUCGCCGAGGGUGACUCGCCUCAGCGGUCGUCAGAACUCGCCGGACACGAUGUCGAGUAGCUACCACGGGAACACUUCCAACAAUCUGAUGACUUCCAGCCACAUGGAGAACAACACCUCGGGAGGGGGCGCGAGCCAGCUGUUUGAGCUGACCAAGUCGCUGAUUGAUAACAUUACUUCGGACGGCAGCAACAUCAUGACGCAGAGCUUGGAUCCGACCAUGCUGAACACCAGCGGAAACAACGCGAUGAACGCGUCGAUGCACGAGAGCAUCAUCCUGACGAAGCAGACCAACUCGAAUCUGUACAACGAUCAACCGCCGGCGUCGACGCAGAUCAUCAUGGGCGGACCGUUGGCGGCCGCCUCUAAGAUUUUGCCGGUGCCGGAGUCUCUGAUGAGCCCGGACUGCGGCCCGACGACGAUCGUGCAGCGGAACAUGCAGAACUGCGCAAACCAGCCGCAGCCUCAGACGCCGCAGAUUCCAAAGGCGAUCAAAACCAAAGAUAAUUCCCGUUCCGGAGGCAUUCCCACCGGCAAGUCCAGCCCGCGGCCACAAAAGCGCAGCACUUCAACGAACAACAGCACCAGCAACAGCGUGAGCAGCGAACGUUCCUCGCCGUCGCUGUCCCCCCGGAAGACCAUGGUCAACAACGCCGUAAAUAACCAGCACUCGCGCCAACCGAAGCAGCAGCAGCAACAGCACUCGGUCCAGGCAACCCCGCCGGACGGUGGCUCGAGCAACGCGGUCAGCUCCGACGAGGACAGCGAAGCGAUCAACAUCGACAAGCUGAAGACGAUCCGGAACAAGGUGGCCCAGCAGAGCCAGGUCUGCCAGGCGUUUUCCGGCGGCGCCGGCAAGCCCAAGGAGAAGGACUGCGUCGACUCGGCUGCGGCCGCCAGCUUGAACAACAAAACCACCGAAAAUUCGGCCAUUCUGAUCCAGAAGAUCUGGCGCGGCUACAUGAGCCGGAAGCACGGCCAGAACAUUGCGGACAUUCUGCAGAAGAAGCGCACCCAGGAUUACAUUGUGAAGCUGACUAAGGACAUGGAAAUGACCAAGACGGCGCUGGAGAACGAGCGGAAGAUCCAGCAGCUGCAGAUGCAAGCCAUCAACGCGCUGUGGAAGAAGGUCUCGGCCAUGCAGCCGUCGCAGGCCGCCAACGGCACGACCGACACGAUGAAGUUGGACGUGAUCAACAACGAAAACAGCUCGGUGCUUGUGGUUCAGGACCUGACCAAGACGUGCUCGAUGCUGAUGAACCAGGUCCAGCAGCUGCAAACCUCGGUCAAGGACAUCGUCAACUGCAUGCAGUUCUUCGCCAACAUGCCGCAAGGUGCACCCAACCCGGCAGCCGCCGCCGCCGCAACCCUCUCCACCGCCUCCGAGGCCAACCUCAAGGACAGCUGCGAAACGCAAACGGAAAUCGUGGCCGUGCACACGCCCCAGGUCGAGCAGCUGCCGGCGUUCCCCUUCCGAAGCUCGUCCUCCUCGUCCAAACUGGCCCGUCCCUCAACGCUGCCGAUAAGUUCGUCGGAGACGUCGCCCAAAAUUACCUCCCAGGACGGGCAGCCCAUCGUCGAGGAGACGGAAGCGGAAACGAAGGAGGAGGCGGUUGUGGAGAUUGAAGCCGAUCCGGGCGAUACCGAGGAGAACGAUGAUGGUGAGCAGAAGGAGCAGGACGAGAAGGAGUUGCAGGAGGAGGAGGAGGAAGUGGUGGCGGUGGAGGAGGAGCCGUCGGAGUCGCAGAACUAAACUUUGAUGCUUUUGUAGAACACCGAGCUAGCAAGGAAUCGCGUACCGUACUGUGUAAGUUUUUGUCUCUCGUAAAUUGGCGUAACGUGCGUGAAGAACGUGGCUUCGAAAAGGCGAUUUUACUUUUAUUUUGUUGAUUAAUUUUAAGUGAAAAGAUUUUUCGCGAGCACUGAUAUUCAGUUUGCAGCAAGGACUAGAUUAUAUUCAUUAGAGAAAUAACUAAGCGAUGGAAGAGGUGAAAUGCAAACAGAAACUCACAUUCCCCUCAAAUGUGAUUUAAAUAGUCUAGUUGUCGUACGUGUAGUGUGAAAUUUGUUGCUUUUUAAUGGUUAGCUCUCCAAUAGUAUUAGAUUUGAAAUCAAUUAAAUACUUAACCUAA